UCAAGAUUAGCUAGAAGCUGUACAGGUGGCUAAAGGUGGAGUCCUAACAGCACCUACAAAGAGCUCUUUGCCAUGUCAGACUACCUUUGGUUUGAAGGAAUACCUUUCCCUUCAUUAGGGUAUGAAAAAGAAAUACUUGAAGAAAUCGGUGAUAAGUUUGAGGUUAGAGAUGAAGACACAGUCAUAUUGACUUAUCCCAAAUCAGGAACUAACUGGCUGAUUGAGAUUGUCUGCUUGAUUCAGACCAAGGGGAAUCCCAAGUGGAUUCAAUCUAGGCCCGUCUGGGAACGCUCACCCUGGGUAGAGACUCAAAUAGGAUACCAAACUUUAAUCAAUCAGGAAGGACCACGCUUCAUCAGCUCUCAUCUUCCCUUCCAUCUUUUCCCCAAGUCUUUCUUCAGUUCCAAGGCUAAGAUGAUCUAUGUCAUUAGAAAUCCCAGAGAUGUUCUGGUGUCUGGUUAUUUUUUCUUCCAUAAGACAAACCUUAUUAAGAAUCCAGAGUCUUUGACAAAUUAUUUUGAAUGGUUCCUCAAAGGAAAUGUUUUAUAUGGAUCAUGGUUUGAGCACACCCGUGCCUGGCUGUCCAUGAGAGAAAGGGACAACUUCCUGCUUUUGAGCUAUGAAGACAUGAAACAGGACACAAGAGGAACUAUAGAGAAGAUCUGUGACUUCCUAGGAAAGAAACUGGAGAAAGAUGAGUUGGAUCUGGUCCUCAAGCACAGUUCCUUCCAAGUCAUGAAAGAAAAUAAAAUGUCCAAUUUUAGCCUUGUCCCAGAAGAUGUGAUUACUCAUGGUUUGAAUCUCACAAGGAAAGGGACGACUGGAGACUGGAAGAAUCACUUUACUGUAGCCCAAGCUGAAGCCUUUGAUAAAGUAUUCCAGGAGAAAAUGAUUGGUUUCCCACCAGAACUGUUCCCAUGGCAAUAAAUUCUUAAAACUUUUAAAUCAUGUAUUUGUACUGUGAAUGAUUGGGUGUGGUCAAAAAAUAAAUUCUAUAAUUGAA